AUGUCAGACAAUCAAAGCUGGAACUCAUCUGGGUCAGAGGAGGACCUGGACUCCAGAGAGGAGCUGGACCGAACCGCAGCCGCUAUAGGGGAGUUCAGUGGAGUCCUGAGUAAGUGGACAAACUACAUCCAUGGCUGGCAGGAUCGAUGGAUUGUCCUGAAGAACAACACUCUGAGUUACUACAAAGCCCAAGACGAGACCGAGUAUGGCUGCCGAGGGUCUCUCUGCCUGAGCAAAGCUGUCAUUACCGCUCACGAGUUCGAUGAGUGCCGCCUGGACGUGACCGUGAAUGACAGCGUCUGGUAUAUGAGAGCGCAAGACCCAGAGCACAGGGCCCAGUGGAUAGAGUCCAUCGAGCUUCACAGAAGUCUCCGAGAAGGGAGGAGAGACAAGGGACCAGCCCAGGGAACCACACUCCUCCCCCCGACACUGGCUGAUUCUGGUUAUGGCUCAGAGUCCAGUUUGCGACGACACGGCUCCAUGCUGUCGCUCACAUCAGCCACCAGUGGAUUCUCAGCCACCUCCACCUCUUCUUUCAAGAAAGGACACAGUUUGCGAGAGAAACUGGCCGAGAUGGAGACAUUCAGAGACAUCUUGUGCAGACAGGUGGACACGUUGCAGAAGUAUUUCGACAGCUGCGGUGAUGCCGUGUGCAAAGACGAGCUGGAAAGAGACAAAAUUCUGGAAGAGGACGAGGAGGAUUUCCCCAGCACUCGAGCCGACGUAUUUUAUCACCACAAUAUAAAUAGCAGCAGAGAAAAACUAUUUCAAGCUUUGAGCCCAAAAGAAAAUAAUGGUAUAGAUUUCAAAGGUGAGGCAAUCACGUUCAAGGCUACCACCGCUGGGAUCCUGGCCACUUUGUCGCAUUGUAUUGACCUCAUGGUGAAGAGAGAAGAGAGCUGGCAAAAAAGAGUGGAUAAGGAAAUUGAGAAAAGGCGAAGAAUUGAGGAAAGCUACAAAUCAGCCUUGAAUGAAUUUAUGAAAAAGUCACAUUUUGGAGGACCAGACUUUGAGGAAGGCCCAAACAGCCUCAUCAACGAAGACGAGUUCUUUGAUGCGGUUGAAGCUGCUCUCGACCGACAAGACAAAAUUGAGGAGCAGACAGAGAAGACCAGGAUUCAGAGACCCAGCCCUGUCCCGACUCCAAACAUCUACUCAAGCUCUGGAUCCCACCGUUUCUCCGACAAGCGUGUUACUCAGGCCUCCCCUGCUCCUCCCCGUGACGUCCACAGAUUCAGCUCAGAGGUGGAGGAGAUGGUUCAGAAUCACAUGACCUUCUCCCUCCAAGACCUCGGCGGAGACGCAAACUGGCAGCUCGUGGUCGAAGAGGGAGAGAUGAAGGUGUACAGAAGAGAAGUGGAGGAGAACGGGAUUGUGUUGGACCCAUUGAAGGCCACACAUUCAGUGAAGGGAGUGACUGGACAUGAGGUGUGCCAAUACUUCUGGGAUACUUCUUACCGCAACGACUGGGAAACCACAAUUGAAAACUUCAAUGUGGUGGAGACAUUGUCGGAUAAUGCCGUGAUCAUUUACCAAACACACAAGCGCGUGUGGCCUGCGUCCCAGAGAGACGUCCUCUACCUCUCCGCCAUGAGAAAGAUGGACGCCAACAGUGAGAAUGACCCUGACACCUGGCUGGUCUGCAACUUCUCUGUGGACCACGAUGAUGCACAGCCCACCAGCCGAUGUGUUCGUGCCAAAAUUAACAUUGCCAUCAUCUGCCAGACCUUGGUCAGUCCACCAGAGGGAGACAAAGAGAUUAGCCGAGAUAAUAUCACGUGUAAAAUUACAUACGUGGCCAACGUAAAUCCUGGAGGUUGGGCGCCUGCAUCGGUUCUGAGGGCAGUGGCCAAGAGAGAGUACCCCAAAUUCUUAAAACGUUUUACUUCGUAUGUCCAAGACAAAACUGCUGGGAAACCCAUUUUAUUUUGA